AUGGCAUCCUCGCAGCAGAAACAGCGAAAGCGCAAAAGCUCCUUCGAUGGUCUCGCAGCCUGUGCCACAAAAAUCAAAAGCGAGCCUGGUGCUCCGCCAGAUCCACCUGGAACCACAAAAUGGAACAUCGACUUCCGGCUCCCAGCUUCACACGCCAAACUCACACUUCCCAGAUCAGAUCGCCGACCGGUCAUCCGUAGCGGAAAUGAUGCACAAACAUCCGAGCAGCGAAGAUGGUACUCGCCUGCUACUCGGACGAAACAAACCAGAGCAAUAUGUUGGCGCGAAAGAGGCGGCCUCGAUUACGAAGACCUACCACAGAUCGAGGAUCGGUGCUUCGUGUGCAAAAUCGAUCUCAAGGUGCAGCCCCGCGACCGAACCUCUUAUCCGUUCGAUACAUGGGAGAGAUCCACGGCCAAUGGGUGUCGAGAUUGCGGGCAGAUUGUUCGAGGUGUGGGCAUGUUCGCCGAGAACUAUGGUCUUCAAAAAGACCGGCUUCAUAUCGGGACACUCAAAGUAUCGUCACGAAGGGAAACGACACCCAGCGUGCAACGAAUACUGAUCGGUGUCUUUUGGGUCGGGGAGCUGCGAGAUAUGUCCGAGCAUCUUGAGUUCACUCGGACGGGCAAAUGCAAUCCGCCAGUCGAGCUAGCACCGUCUACAGCCAUAUUUGACACAGGCACUUAUAAACAAGACGUCUUCCUCGCAGCCCAAAAGCUCGUCCAAGACUGCUCCACCACUCAUCGCCACUGCCUACCAUCGUAUCCGCCGCCGUUCCUCCCUACCCGCCUCCUGGAGAUCCAGUCUACAGCGACUCCAACCAUAAAGCUUGUCACCACCAGCUUGCUCUCCCCAGAAAAAAGAAAUUCCCACUACCUGGCUUUAAGUUACUGCUGGGGGAAUCCACCCAACAAUCCCCUCCGCCUCACGGUCUCCACAUCCCAAUCCCUUCACGACGGCAUCUCAGCAUCAUCCCUACCCCAGCUCUUCCAGGACCUUGUUUCUCUUGCCCAGCGCUUGGGCGUGAAAUUCUUCUGGAUAGACGCACUUUGUAUUCAGCAAGACGACAAGCUUGAUUGGGAGCGUGAGGCCGCGGUCAUGGGCGCUAUUUACCGCAAUGCGUGGCUCGUCGUUGGAGCGACGAGUGGUAGAGAUAGCAGUCAACCCCUUGCUCCACGGCCAUUUCAGGAGGUCCCCAUCCCCAUUUCUGAGACUGACAGCGGAGUGUGGGCGAAUGUGUUGUCCUCCACACAAGGCGGAAGCGUAACGUGGCCGUUGCACGAAAGGGGGUGGUGUUUCCAGGAGAUGAUCCUUGCGAGGCGCUUUUUGGAUGUCGACUCCAACGGGCUGCAACUACAUUGUAGCGGCGAAGACGAUGCACAGUAUGAUGAGUGGGAGCCUGCGGAUUUCCGCCAGCCAUGGGCUUUUCGGCGCCUGUGGUCACGAUUCUUGGACUCUGAUACCGACAAACAGCAAGUGAAAGAGACUGAUAUGCGUCGCGUGUGGCGAGAGGUUCUACAGAUGUACACGAAUCGACGAUUGACUUAUUCCUCCGAUCUUUUACCCGCGCUGGGCGGUAUCGCUUCUGAAUACUCAAAGAAGCUUGGCAUUGGGGAAGAUUACUAUGCAGGCUUAUGGAAGAGCAGGUUUGUGCAGAAUCUGUGCUGGACUGCUAAUCAUGAGGCGGUACGUCAUCAAAAUGGCGAUAAGACGCCGAGUUGGUCAUGGGCUAGUAUAAGUGGAAGUGUUGACUAUGAAUACACGAAUCUAGAACAGCAGAGGACGCGGCUGAUUGAAGUGGUCUGUGAACAAAAGGGCACGAAUCCCUUUGGAGAGGUAAUUGGAGGGCAUGCGUUGCUUGAGGGACUGGUCUUCACAUGUCUAUUGACUGUCAAGUUCGGGAAGUGGGCUGUGCGCCAUUUCGAGAUGUACGAGUCGCAGGCUGCCAUCUUUACGCCGGAUUUUGCGAUUGAGGUGGUGAGAUUCCAGAACGAAGAUACAACGAAGAGCAGCGCAAACAGAGCGACCACGACCGGAGGUACGAUAGAGAUCGAACAAGGUUGCAGAUGUGAGGUACGAGCGCUUCACUUGUUCGAUCUCAAGUAUGGGCGGGGGCUCUUUAUGGUUCUCGGUUGGUUGGAUCCCAAGGGGAUGGAAUUCCAGCGCUUGGGAAUUCUCGAGGCGCCCUUGAGCGGUUUCUACAGUGCUCUAGAUGUGGAUGAAAAGGAGGAGUUCGAAAAGAUAAGGGUAGUAUAG